AUGCUUUCGCGCGACGCGACGAUUCAGUUUCCGACCGCGACGCCUGUGCGCACGCUCUUGGUGGGCGCUGACAAUGCCACGUCAUCGAUCGAUGGCCUCCUCGUGCGCAUCCCGGGGCGUGUUUGCAUCUCGUACGAGCCGUCCAACGACACGAACCUCGUCACCGUGCACCUCUACGGCAGCGUGUACACGGCCAAGUCGUCACGCCCGCUCGACGUCGACACGCUGCUCUUGCGCAAGGGCCUCACGGUGCUGACGUUGAACGCAGCAACCACGUGGGCGCCAUCGCUGACGAGCCUCGUGCACGUCGUGCUCCACCAGCCGCACCGCUUGCGGUAUCUGUCGACGACGGCCGACACGGUUCUGCUGCCGCCAAUCCAUGGCUCGGUCUUGCCGUCGGAUGACGUGGGCCGCCGCUCGCACGUGCAGUUGACGGCGCGCGCCACGGGCAGCAUUUACGUGAACGAGGCGCCCCCGCUCGAGAUUGGCUCGCUGACGCUGGAAAACUAUGGGUCGGGCGCGGUGCAGGUGCAGCUGCGGUCGCGCCUUGCGGUGCAGACGACGCUCGAGGUCAAGGCCAUGGGUACCGGUGCCAUUGCCAUUGCCACGCCGCACCUCGACGCCAACCUCGUGCGCACGUUUGCUGCGUCGGACGGGGACGUGUACCUCGAGGCCGGCACGCUCUCGGCGCCCUUUCUGCGCUCGACCAUGGCGGGAUCAGGCGACAUUGCCUUUGCAUCGCGUCAGCACGCGGUGACAUGCGCCAACCACGACGUGUCGAUGCUCGGGGAUGGCACGAUUGAUGCUGGCGCGAUGGCGUGCAACCGCACCUUUGUCUACUCGGCCGGGCCUGGCCACGUGAUUGUCGACGGCGGCCUCGUCCUAGAGACCACGCACGUUGGCAGCGGACACACGUCGUAUGCAUCGACGCCGCCGCUCUCGAUCACGCACAUUGGCUUUGGCCCGCGUCAAGGUGUGCACGCGUCGCAGGCCGUGCCACGUCAUUGGACGUUUGCCCCGGCACCGCCAAUGGCUCCGCUCGCUGUGAUGGCGCUGGAAGCGACGACCAUGUCGCAUGCGCUGGCGAGCAGCGUGGAAGGCGUGCUCUUUGUCUGCGUGGCCGCGGCCGUGCCCAUGCUGCUCUGGACCUACUUGAAGCGCCGCAACUAUGCCCUGCUGCCGUAA